AUGGUCAAGUUUUCGAUAUUUUAUUCUCUUUUAAUUCUAAGAGAGUCGGAUGCAGCUGGACAGGAAAAGAAUAUUCUCCCUGGAGCGCUGAAAUCAGUCUGGUCACCAACAGCUUGCUCGAGCGAUAAUGCUUGUAAUUCCCUCGUUGAUAGAGAAAUAACCCCAGAAUCUUACAUCGAAUCCUCUCGUGGAAACGAACAUACCGUCACUAUCAAGUUGAAUGAUAAGUUUGUGAUUUCACGAGUUUUCGUCUAUCCAAGAACACUUCGACCCAAUCACAAUGUUGGGGAGACCGAAGUUUUGGUCGGAAACAACAACGACCAAAAACGAUGUGGAAACGUUAUGAAAAGGGUCGCCACUCUCAUCUUACCUUGA